GUCGCUAUAUAUAGCGUUCGUGGCGACCUUGAUCGUGUGCCAUGGGAUGUGGCCAAAGCGCGCUGAAGAAGGAGAUCCAAGGGCUCCAUGCACUUGAGACGAAGCGGGCGGAGGAAAUCGCCAAGCUUGAAGACGAGCGACGCAUGCUCAAAUACAAGAUGUCAGUCUUGGAGGACAUGGUUGCCACGGCCCAGCUCGAAGUCCACGAGAAGGUUGCCGCCGCCGCCGCUGCGGAAGAGCGCAUGAAAGUGAUGAAGUGGGAACUGGUGCGACAAGCCACGCCCCCUACCACCCCUCGGCAAAGUUUGACGUGGGCGUUGAACGACAAAACAACGCAGAAACUUGCAAAGAUGUCGUCGGCACGCGUUGUGUCGACGAUCCCCCCGUCGAAGGAAGCUACACAAAGUGACACGAAAUUGCUAGCCACUCGAGCCAAAGCCAACGUCGAUACUCCAUCCCCUCACUCAGAUCCCAAGGUCACAAUUACUGCUACUACGGCCAUUGCAAACCACCCCAAGACUCUUGUGGCCAGCCCUAUCGUAAUCAAGCCAUCGACCAGCACAGGUCAAAACGAGUCAACAACGGUAGCCGUCGUCACGAAGAAGCCCGAGCUGAUUCGGCUCAACACCCCUCGGAAGGUCAUCGAUCCAUCCGAGGUCAACGAGAGCAAAGACGCGUUCGAGGCAGUGAAAGCCAUCACGACAUCGUCGUCUCGACGGACCAAAGACAGCAACGCCAUCGAACGUGACAACUCCAACAUUGGCACGCGUCGGCACUCGUCCAAGUCGAUGAUUCGCGGCCCCUCGACGGCCUUAUCGCCCCCUUCGGCGUUGCUCCUCCACCAAGACUCACAUGACGAAAGGGCGUUGUCGAAACCACUGACCAAGCCAAAAUCCGCCGCCAUCCAAGCCCCCCUCACGUCAGCUGCAUCCUCCAAGCCCACCCUAUCUCCGAAAUCGUCACGCUCCAGCAUCAUUAAUCCGUCCUCGCGCGAGACGUCCCCAACAGCCGCCGCCUCCAAAGCCCCCCCUGGCUUUGUGCUGGCCAUGCCACUGUCCAAAGGAGGCCCGGACGACCUCCCCCAUCGAAAGCACUCGAAACCGUCGCCCCCACGACCAGACUCGAAGCGUCCUGACGACGAGCCGGACGCCGAGCCGGCCACUGGUGUGACAGCGUUCGCCCUCGACGACGACGACGACGAUUGCGGGACCGCCGUGGUAUGCCUCGACGACGACGCACUAGGCGACUUGAUGUAAUAAACGAGAUUCGUAUGUGUG